UUCUAAAAUGGCUUCUCAUAAAAUAUCUUGUGUUUUCUUUAUCUUGAUGUUAGGAAUAGGCAUUUGCUCUGCCACUAGAGCACUCCUCAAUUAUGAGCUUGGGGGACAUGUUGGUGGUGGUGCUGAAGCAGGUGGAUAUGCCGGUGGUGGUGGUAGGGGAGGUGGAGCGGGUGGUGGAGAUAUUCAUGGUGGAGGAGGUUCACAUGCCGGUGGAUAUGGAGGUGGUGUUGGCGAAGGAGGUGGAUCAGCUUAUGGUGGUGGAGGAGGAGGUGGUAGUGGUGCUGGUGUUGCACAUGGGGAAGGAGGGGAGCAUGCCGGAGGUUAUGGUGGUGUUGAAGGUGGAGUUCAUGGAGGAGGUGGUGCCUCUGGUGGUGGUGGUGCAUAUGGAGCUGGAGGGGAACAUGUCGGUGCACAUGGUGGCGGUGAAGGCGGGGGUCAUGGAGGUGGAGCUGCGGGUGGUGGUGCAGCCUAUGGAGGAGGUGCUGGUACUGGUGGUGGUGGUGGUGGUGCAUAUGGGGGCCAUGGAGAUGGAGCGACGGGAGGUGGUGCAGCCUAUGGAGGAGGUGCUGGUACAGGUAGUGGUGGUGGCGGUGCAUAUGGGGGCCACGGAGAUGGAGCUGUAGGAGGUGGAGCUGGUGCUGGUGGCGGUAGUGGUGGUGCAUAUGGGGGCCAUGGAGAUGGAGCUGCAGGAGGUGGUGCAGCUUAUGGUGGAGGUGCCGGUGGUGGUAGUGGUGGUGGAGGUGCAUAUGGAGGCCAUGGAGAUGGAGCGACAGGAGGUGGUGUUAGCUAUGGAGGAGGUGCUGGCACCGGUAGUGGUGGUGGUGGUGCAUAUGGAGGCCACGGAGAUGGAGCUGUAGGAGGUGGUGUUGGUGCCGGUAGUGGUGGUGGUGGUGCAUAUGGAGGCCACGGAGAUGGAGCUGUAGGAGGUGGUGUUGGUGCCGGUAGUGGUGGUGGUGGUGCAUAUGGGGGUCACGGAGAUGGAGCUGUAGGUGGUGGAGGUGGUGCUGGUGCCGAUAGUGGUGGUGCAUAUGGGGGCCAUGGAGAUAGAUCUACAGGAGGUGGUGUCGCCUAUGGUGGAGGUGCUGGUGGUGGUAGUGGUGGUGGAGGUGCAUAUGGAGGCCAUGGAGAUGGAGCGACAGGAGGUGAUGCUUCCUAUGGUGGAGGUCUGGGUGCCGGUAGUGGUGGAGGUGGUGGUGCAUAUGGGGAUGGAGGUGUGCACGGUGGGGGUUAUGGUGGCAGUGAGGGUGGAGGCCAUGGUGGUGCUGCAUCUAGUGGUGAAGGAGCGUAUAGUGGUGGAGGUGGUAGUGGUGUCGGUGGUGGAGGUGGUGGUUCUUCCGGAGUAGGGGGACAUGCCGGAGGUUAUGGGGGCGGUGAAGGCGGGGGCCAAGGAGGUGGGUUUGCUGCUGGUGGGGUCGGGGGACAUGCUAGUGGCGGUGGUGCAGGACGUGGAGGUGGUGGUGGUGGGACUUAUGUUGGUGGCGGAGGUGGUGGAUAUGGAAAAGGCACUGGAGCCGGUGGUGGAUUUGGAGAAGGCGCUAGCGGUGAAGGAGGACAAUAUGGAGGUGGUGGAGGUGGUGGAUCUGGUACUGGAGGUGGUUAUGCCGGUGGUGGCGCCCAUGCUGGUGGCUAUGGAGCUGUUGGUGGUGAAGCCGGUGGUCAUGGAGGAUACAUGCCCUAAGAAUAUGGUACCCUCCUUUGGUUUCAUCUUAGUUGGCUUAUGGAUCAAAUCACAGCCUACUAAUUUCCGAGUUUCUGACCGUAAUAAGUUUAAAUUGUAAAACAUCUUUUGAUAUAACCAUUAACGAAUAUUUAUGUGAGAAAAGACAUGAAAUUGUAAUACAAAGUAUAUGUCCUGCUAUUUGAAACCUUGUUUGUCCUACA